CGGCUCAAUGACUUCUCCUAACCCUUCCUCUUAUAAAUCACCCCACCUCCUCCUCCUCCUCCUCCCCGUCUCCAACACAGAGAACCUCUCUUUUAGAAAAACAACCAUCCCAUCUUUUAUUUUUUAGGGUUUUCGAUGGAUUGUGAUCGGGUUAAGGGACCUUGGAGCCCUGAAGAGGACGCGCUAUUGAAGCAUUUGGUGAUAAAACACGGGCCGCGUAGCUGGACAAUGAUAGCAAGAGCAGUACCAGGUCGGUCCGGGAAAUCUUGCAGAUUACGAUGGUGUAAUCAGUUGUCACCGGUGGUAGAGCACAGAGCGUUUACACGAGAAGAAGAUGUGAUCAUCAUAAAUGCUCAUAUCAAGUAUGGUAAUAAAUGGGCUGCCAUAGCAAGACUCCUUGAUGGACGUACGGACAACGCCAUCAAGAAUCAUUGGAACUCCAAGUUAAAGAGGAAAUACGCGGACUUCAUUGUACAUGGCGGAAUGGUCAAUGAAGAUGGAGUGAAGGAUAAAUCUGCUAAAACGGUGUCGUCGUCUUCUGUUCUCGAGAGGGCUAAUACUCCUUCGGGAUCUGAAGUUAGCGAUGCUGGGUUACCAGGGACGUCAUCGUUGUUGGUACAAGAAAACGUGCCUGUUGUUGAAAGUGGGAUUUGUAACAACGCUGACGUUUCGACUGAACUUACGUUGUCCGUUCCAGGGAUGAAGUCUGGACAGUUGGGGAGAGAUCAUGGGGUGGGUAAUGAAGGAUUGUUAACGGGAGAUGCAGAGAGAACGAUGACGUUUGGGCCGAAGUUGUUAGCAGUUAUGCAGGAGAUGAUUAGAAAGGAGGUGAGGGAUUACAUGGUUGGGAUUGGGGGAAAAAGUGGUUAGGAUUGAUGGGAUUAAGGUUAAAUAGAAUUGGUUAACAAAUGGGUUGGUGAAAGACGUGAUUAGGGAUUAGAUGGAUUGAUUGGACAUGUGUUGAUGAGUUAGCAAGGUUUCAGGAUUAGCAGAAGACAUAUAACAAGCUAAGCUGUUUUGUUUUGUUCGUUGUGGGAAAAUCUAGAUCACAGCGGUGUUUCUCAUUCAAAAUUAAUGUUGUUUCGAGGAAAAUUCAUCGGAGAGAGAAAAAUUCCUUGAUGUUUUACUGGAAAUUAAUUUGUUUCUUGUUUAA